AUGUGUCAAACAUAUGGGACAAAAGAACUGUCACAGUUUUCUAAGGAGGGAGACAUCAACAUUGGAGGCAUUUUCUCCUUCCAUCAGAACCCAGUACAGGUCAAUCCAGCUCUCCAUGUCAACCCAGGAACCAUCCAGUGUGAAGGACUGGACCCAGGUGAGCUCCAGUAUGCCUUUACUAUGAUGCUUGCCAUAGAGGAGAUCAACAAUAGCUCAGAUCUGCUGCCGGGGGUGACACUAGGUUACAGGAUCUUUGACUCGUGCCCCAGUAUCCCUUUGUCUAUCAGGGCGUCACUAAACCUGAUGAAUAGGUGGGAGAGCGGGGAGGAAAGCUGUAGGAAGCUCUCCUAUGUGCAUGCUGUCAUAGGGGAAACCACAUCCACCUCCACGAUAGGUAUUGCACGCACCAUGGGACCGUUUCAUAUACCUGUGAUCAGCCAUUCAGCCACUUGUGCAUGUCUUAGCAACAGAAGGGACUACCCCUCUUUCUUCAGAACUAUACCCAGUGAUAUCUACCAAAGCCAAGCCUUAGCAAAGCUUGUGAAACACUUUGGCUGGACCUGGGUUGGGGCUAUCAGAACUAACAGUGACUACGGUAAUGGUGGAAUGGCCACUUUCCUCGAAGCAGCAGAAAAAGAAGGAGUGUGUGUUGAGUACUCUUUGGCUAUUUACAGAACUGAUCCAAGAAAGUGGUUCUUAGAAGUGGUGGACAUUAUAAAAAAAUCCACCUCCAAGGUUAUAGUUGCCUUUGCAGACGGCACAGAUCUGGACAUACUCAUUAAGGAGCUGCAUGCUCAGAAUGUGACAGGCCUGCAGUGGGUGGGCAGCGAGGGCUGGAUCACUUACCGCUACAUUGCCUCUGCUGUGAACUACGCUGUGGUGCAGGGGGCGGUUGGCUUUGCAGCAUUGAAUGCUCACAUCCCCGGUCUGCAGGAGUUUCUGGCUGACAGAAGGCCCUCUACCGCCCUGGGAGACCUGGGAUUGGUGGAGUUGUGGGAAACAGUGUUCAGCUGCACCCUGACUUCCCAAGCAGAGACUGGAGCUCAGGGUUCAGUCGCAGCCUGCACGGGGAAGGAGUCUCUGAGGGACACAAACACGCGUUUCACAGAUGUUUCAGAUGCCAGUCUGCUGAAUAAUGUUUACAAGGCCACAUAUGCUGUUGCACAUGCAUUGCACAUGCUGUUUACUUGCAAAGACGGAGAGGGGCCUUUUGAGAACAAUACAUGUGCUGAAAGGGAAAAUGUUCAACCAUGGGAGGUGCUGCAUUACCUAACACAAGUCAAUUUUACAACUAAAAUCGGUGAAAAUGUGUUCUUUGAUGAGUAUGGGGACCCAGCAGCACGUUACGCGCUGGUGAACUGGCAGAUGGAUGAGACAGGUUACAUACUUUUUGAGACCAUCGGUUACUAUGAUGCCUCCCAGCCUGAAGGUCAACAGUUUGAGAUGAAAGCAGGUGUGAAUGCCAUCUGGGCAGGCAAUAAUCACAAGGUGCCAAGGUCUGUCUGCAGUGAGAGCUGUGUGCAGGGGACCCGCCGGGCUUUCGUCAAAGGCAAACCUUUUUGCUGUUUCGACUGCAUCACCUGUGCUGACGGGGAGUUCAGCAACAGUACAAAUGCGGUGAAAUGUGACAAAUGUCCUCCUGAGUACAAGUCCAACGAAGAGAGGAAUAAGUGUGACUUGAAAGCUAUUGAGUUCCUCACCUUCAGAGAAUUGAUGGGGAUACUGUUGGUCACUUUUUCUGUCUUCGGGGCCUGCCUGGCCAUGACUGUAGCCCUGAUAUUUUUCCACUACAGGCAGACUCCUAUUGUGAGGGCCAACAACUCUGAGCUGAGCUUCCUUCUGCUCUUCUCUUUGACUCUGUGCUUCCUUUGUUCUCUGACCUUCAUCGGCCGGCCCUCUGAGUGGUCCUGCAUGCUGAGACACACAGCAUUCGGCAUCACAUUUGUCCUCUGUAUCUCUUGUGUGCUGGGGAAAACUAUAGUUGUGUUAAUGGCCUUUAAAGCAACACUCCCAGGCAGCUCUGUGAUGAAGUGGUUUGGGCCUGCACAGCAGAGGCUCAGUGUUCUGGCUUUCACUUUGAUACAGGUUUUAAUUUGCAUACUGUGGUUGACCAUAAACCCUCCCUUUCCAUUCAAGAAUAUGAAACACUACAAAGAUAAGAUUAUCCUUGAAUGUGCCCUGGGAUCACCUGUAGGGUUCUGGGCUGUGUUAGGAUACAUUGGACUCCUUGCUGUCUUGUGUUUUCUUCUUGCUUUUCUGGCUCGAAAGCUGCCUGAUAAUUUCAACGAAGCUAAAUUCAUCACAUUCAGCAUGCUGAUAUUCUGUGCUGUGUGGAUAACCUUUAUCCCUGCAUAUGCCAGCUCUCCUGGGAAGUUCACUGUAGCUGUGGAGAUAUUUGCUAUUCUGGCUUCAAGUUAUGGAAUGCUGUUUUGUAUUUUUUUGCCCAAGUGCUACAUAAUUUUAUUAAAGCCUGAGAACAACACGAGGAAACAUUUGAUGAGUAAAGUCACCCCGAAAUCCCUUUGA